CUGUUACGGGGCGGGUAGGAAGUGGCCAGGCUCCUCAUACACCGGCUCUGAUUGAAGUAAACGUGUGAAUCAGGGUGAAGGUAUCUUCACGACUUAAAGGCAGAAGACUACGAAGAGAGUUUUGUGCCCUAGUUAUCGGAUCCUAGGAUCGACGUGGUGUUUCACUCGCUCUAUGGGACUUUCAUUUUCAGGGGGCGGUGAAGUGUAAAGCCUGGAUAGCCUCGCUCCAGGUAUGGAGGGUCGCCGUCACGUUUUCACCUACACCAAGCAGGACCUCGUGCGUGACGUGGGCCGGACUGACGGGGGGAUCGCAGGUCAGGCGCUGUCCGGAUACGACACAGCUCUGAGAUCCGGCUGGGCGGAGAAGAUGAGCCGCGGGCUUUUCAGAUACCACCUCGGAGAGCUGGAGACGAGGGUCCUACCCGGCGAGGCGACAUAUGUCGCCCAGCUGAACAUCCAGAGAGGCAUCGAGAGGCGGAAACCUCAGGAGAUCCUGAGCGUCCGACAGAACUUCGACCCCAAACAGUUCAACUUCAACAGGAUAAAGCCGGAGGAGGUGCUGUUUGAAAUGUGUAAGGCUGAACCGAGCUCCACGGAGAGCUGUUUACAGAACGGCACGACCACCGCGACCACCGGCUCAUGUGUGGUGAUCAUUAACGUGAGCCCGCUGGAAUUUGGACACAGCCUGCUGCUGCCUGACCCAGAGCGGUGCCAGCCGCAGAUCUUAACGCCCCAUGCCGUGCAAGUCGGCCUCGAGUCGAUGUUUCUCAGCGCUGAUCCGGGCUAUCGGGUCGGCUUCAACAGCCUGGGCGCCUUCGCCUCUGUCAAUCACCUACAUCUUCACGGAUAUUACCUGAAGCACGCGCUGAGGGUCGAGUGGGCCCCCACGGAGCCCCUCGCUCCAGAGAAGAGCCUGUAUCGCGUCGAUUGUUUCCCCAAAGGCUUCAUGUUCUACACUGAGGGUGAGGACCCGGGUGGGACCGCAGAGGCCGUGUGUGAGCUCACAGAUAUUCUGGUUGACGGAGACAUCGCGCACAACGUGUUCAUGAGCCGAGGCUGCCCGCCCAGCAGAGAGGCCCGGCGCUCAGCCCUCAGACGGGGAGUGCGCGUUUAUGUCUGGCCCAGAGUUUCCUGUUUCGGGGCCAAAGAGGAAUCCGCCUUCAACGUGGCCCUGUGUGAGCUGGCCGGACACCUUCCCUUCAAAAACAAGGAGGACUUCAGCAAGAUAGACGAGGACGGAGUGAAGGCCAUCGUUCAGAGAUACGUCAUCAACGACGAAGAGUUCACUGAACUAGAAAAACGACUUGUUGAAAAGUUACGAGCUUGAUUUUGUUAGCUUUAUGGUGUUUUGAAUAGCUGAUAACGGGGUUAAUUAAUUCUAUUCAUCAUAUCUCAGUAAAUGAUUGUUUCUUUGAAAAAAGUCAGAGUACUUGACACAUAAUUUUGGGUGAAAAUCCUAAUCAGAAAAGCGUUCUCGAGGUUUGAAUUGACCCCAAGGCUAAAGUGCUUUUCUACAUUUGAAGAUAACAGAUAAAAGGAGGGUUAAAGGGGCUCCAUUACUACUUUACUGUAAACGUGCCAGUACAUUUCCUCUUGCCUACAGAGGUGUUACAGUUGUUUGGAUGGGUUACUGUGGAGCAUUUGAGCAAAAUUACAGUUUGUAAAUGCUUGAACAUGUUGAUAUAGAAGAAUACAUUCAUUUCCUGAACACAGAACAGCACAAAACAUUUUAACACCACUGUUAAAUUUUUGAACUCCGGUUUUAGGAGUUAGAGACUUCAAACCUGUACUGGGCCAUUGAGCCAAUCGGCACUCGGCAGUAGUGACGCUAUCCAAUUGGCACUCAGUAGCAGUGACGCUACCCAAUUGGCACUCAGUAGCAGUGACGCUACCCAAUUGGCACUCAGCAGCAGUGACCUAUCCAAUUGGCACUCAGCAGCAGUGACCUAUCCAAUUGGCACUCAG